AAAACAAAAAUCUCCCCGCUGAAAGGCAUCUCUGGUACCCGCGACCUCCGUGCCUGCACCGAGCGUGAGGUUGAGGUUCGGCAUGGUCAACACCCCUGGUCGUGGUUCGGUUCGGCGUCCCCUCCCUGCCCUUGUGGCCCCAGGAAACUCCCAAGGUGGGGUGAAGACACUGCACGCACUCCUACCACCACACCGCCUUCAGCCGAACAGGCUCGUCACCCGAACCAAACCAACUUCAGACUUGCCGCGAAUCCAUCCGUUCUCGCGUUGCCUUGGCGCUGGUGCACAGUACUGUUUCAUUGGCUUGCGUUGCUGGCUGUUCCCCCGUGUCCACUGUCCAGUGUUCCGUCUCGUCUCGUCGUGACUCGUGACUUGUCUCCUCACACUGACACACUCUCUGCAUAGAAAAGCAACCAAGGCAGCCUUCCCUCCGCAUGCCUGCCACAUUCUCACACUUCAGAUCUGCAUCCUAGGUGUUGUCAUUCAGCACAGUGAAACCUCUCCAUCUGAAGCUCACGACACGACUAGAUUACUGUAGCAGACAACACGUUGCUUAGUAAUAUCUGCAACUGACUGCUGCUUCCUCGGUGAGUCGGUGACUUUCCUCGUGCAACCAUGGGAUCGGAGACUGAGCCCCUACGAGAAUCGGACGACGAUGGCCGUCGAGCCGAAGCCGGAGAGACUUCAGAUCCCACAUCUGCAAACGGCGCCGCGGAAAAGAAACUCGAGAGGACGAAAGCAGCCGAUGACGAUUCGCUAGCGCCAGGCGACGAGAAGAAGCUCGCAGAGAGCGGCGAAGAGAAGAAAGAGCCGGACGCACCGCCGGUGUACUACUGGCAGCUAUUCAAGUUCGCGGAUAAGUGGGACAUCCUGCUCAUGGUCGUGGGGUCCGUGUGCGCCGUGGGGCUCGGCAUGGCCAUGCCGAUGAUCUCGCUGCUCUUCGGCGAGCUGACCAACGCCUUCGGGCAAAACUCCUCCGACGUUAAUAAGCUCAUGGACGCCGUCACUAGUGUCGCGCUCAAGUUCCUCUACUUGGCCAUUGGAGCUGCCGUAGCCGCGUAUCUCGAGAUGGCGUGCUGGAUGACGACGGGCGAGCGGCAGGCGGCGCGGGUGCGCGCGCGGUACCUGGCGGCGGUGCUGCGGCAGGACAUCGGGUUCUUCGACCGCAGCCUCAGCACGGGCGAGGUCAUCGGCCACAUGUCGGGCGACAUCGUGCUCGUGCAGGACGCCAUGGGCGAAAAGGUGGGCAUCUUCCUGCGCUUCAUGGCGCAGUUCGUGGGCGGAUUCGUGGUGGCGUUUAUAGCGGGGUGGCAGCUGACGCUCGUGAUGCUGGCCGUGCUGCCGUUGCUGGCGGCUGCAGGCGCCGCCAUGACCGUCAUCGUGAGCAAGUCGUCCAACAAGGGCCAGGAGGCGUACGCGUCUGCGGGCACCAUCGUCGAGGAAUGCGUGUCUGCUAUUCGCACGGUGGCGGCAUUCACGGGCGAGCACAGGGCGGUGCAGCAGUACACAGUGAAGCUGAACAAGGCGUUCCGCGAGGGCAUGAAGCAGAGCGUGGGCGCGGCGGCGGGCAUCGGGUUCACGGUGUUGAUCAUGUUCUCGUCCUACGCACUCGCGCUGUGGUACGGCUCCAAGCUCAUCGCCGACGCCAGCUACGACGGCGGAGACGUGUUCACUGUGCUCUUUGGCGUGCUCAUCGGUGGCAUGUCGUUGGGCCAAGCAGCCCCCAACGUGUCGGCAUUUGCGUCGGGGCAGGCGGCGGCGGGGAAGAUCUUUGAGGUGUUGGAGCGGCAGCCGGUGAUAGACAGUGGGAGCGCGGAGGGGGAGCAGCCGGCGGAGUGUGAGGGCGCGGUGGAGCUGCGGGAGGUCACCUUUGCGUACCCCGCGCGCCCGGACGUCCCUAUCUUCCAGGGGCUCUCGCUGGCCGUGCCGGCGGGGCGCACCAUGGCGCUGGUGGGGGAGAGCGGCAGCGGCAAGUCGACGGUGGUGGCGCUGGUGGAGCGCUUCUACGACCCGCAGAGCGGAGCCGUGCUGCUGGACGGCCGCAGCAUCGCCGCGCUCAACCUGCGCUGGCUGCGCCGCCACAUGGGGCUCGUCAGCCAGGAGCCGGCGCUGUUCGGCACGAGCAUUCGGCAGAACAUUGCGUACGGCAAGGAGGGCGCCACCGAGGCCGAGAUCCAAGAGGCCGCUCGCCUCGCCAACAUCCACGACUUCAUUGCCGCGCUGCCUGAUGGCUAUGAGACACAGGUGGGGGAGCGCGGGACGCAGCUGUCGGGGGGGCAGAAGCAGCGCGUGGCGAUAGCACGGGCGAUUCUGCGCAAUCCGCGCGUGCUGCUGCUGGAUGAGGCGACGUCCGCGCUGGACGCGGAGAGCGAGAAGCUGGUGCAGGCGGCGCUGGACGCGCUCAUGGGCGCGCGCACCACGCUCGUCGUCGCGCACCGCCUCUCCACCGUGCGCCGCGCGCACCAGAUCGCCGUGCUGCAGCACGGGCAGGUCGUGCAGACCGGCAGCCACAACGAGCUCAUGGCGCUGCCAGAGGGCGCGUACGCCCAGCUCGUCCGUCUGCAGCAGCUCGCAGGGGAGGGGGAGGGUAAGGAGAGCCUGAGUCCUUUGCAAGUUCAUGUCAAGGAAGGGGGGGGGGCACAGGUAGCAGCGGCAUCGCAGGGUUGGACGGCUAGUGCUGUUGGUGAAUCAGAGGGUGGUGAGAGGAAGAAAGAAGCGGGGGAGGCGGAUGGGCUGGUGAGCGACGGCAGGGAUGUGGAGAGUGGUGAGGGGGAGAAGCAGGUUGAGGAGGCAGGGGCAGGGAAGGGGAGUGGAGGCUUCUUCAGCAACCUGCUGCGGAAGAGGAAGGGAGACAAGGAAGGGAAGGGAGAAGAAAAAGGAGGGAAGGAGGGGAAACGCGAGGAGGGCGAGGAGGAGGAGGAGGAGAAGAAGAAGGUUCCGUUCAAGGACACCCCGAUGGCCCGCCUCGCCAUGCUAAACAAGCCCGAGUGGCCGUUCGCCAUCCUGGGCUCCAUGGCUGCGGCGACCCACGGCGUGAUCAUGCCGUUCUUUGCGCUCAUCCUCUCCAACAUCAUCACCACCUUCUACAACCCCGACAUCAGCCAGAUGCGCAAGGACGCGGAUUUCUGGGCAGGCAUGUUUGUGGUGCUGGGCGGCAGCGCGUGCGUGGCCAUCGCGUGCCAGACGGUGAUGUUCGGUGCGGUGGGGUACUCGCUGAUCCGCCGCGUGCGCGCGCUGUGCUUCUCCGCGGUGCUGCGCCAGGAGAUGGCAUGGUUCGACCAGGAUGAGAACUCCAGUGGCGCCAUCGGUGCGCGCCUCUCCACAGACGCAGCUCAAGUGCGCGGCAUGGUGGGCGACCAGCUGGCCCUGCUCGUGCAGAACCUCGCCACCGUCAUCCUGGGGCUCGUGCUGGCGUUCCGCGCCAACUGGCAGCUGUCGCUGGUGAUCCUAGCGAUAGUGCCGCUGCUGGGCAUCACCGGCACCGUGCAGAUGCAGUCUCUCAAGGGCUUCUCCGAAAGCGCCAAGGCCAAGUUCGAGGAGGCGUCGCGGGUGGCGAAUGAUGCGGUGAGUGCGAUCCGCACGGUGGCGGCGUUCGGAGCGGAGCAGCGCGUGCAGGAGCUGUACAACGAGCGCUGCAGCACGCCCAUUGCUGCCGGCAUCCGCAAGGCGCAUGUCAGCGGGGUGGGCAUGGCCGUGGCUCAGUUCUCCAUCUUCGGUGUCUACUCCCUCGCCUUCUGGUUCGGAGGGAAGCUCGUGCAGCAGGGGAAGACGACAUUCCAAGACGUCUUCCAGGUGUUCUUCGCCAUUGUGUUCACAGCGACCGGCAUUGCUCAGGCAGCAGCACUAGCCCCCGACAUGCCCACGGUGCAGACAGCAGUGAACUCCAUCUUCCGCAUUUUGGACCGGCAGUCGAAGAUCGACCCGGAGGCGGGCGGGGAGGAGCCCGAGGAGGUGCGGGGCGAGGUGCAGCUGAAAGACGUGUGCUUCGCGUACCCGGCGCGCCCCAACAUCCCCAUUCUCUCUGAUUUCAACCUCACUGUGCCGCCCGGCCAGACGGUGGCGCUGGUGGGGGAGAGCGGCAGCGGCAAGUCGACGGUGGUGGCGCUGGUGGAGCGCUUCUACGACCCGCAGAGCGGAGCCGUGCUGCUGGACGGCCGCAGCAUCGCCGCGCUCAACCUGCGCUGGCUGCGCCGCCACAUGGGGCUCGUCAGCCAGGAGCCCGCACUCUUCAACAUCUCCAUCCGCGACAACAUCGCGUACGGCCGCCUGGGAGGCGACGAUGGGGGGGAGAGCAGUGAGGCGGAGAUUGUUGCGGCGGCGCGGGCGGCGAAUGUGCAUGGGUUCAUCUCGGGGCUGCCGCAGGGGUACGACACGCUGGUGGGCGAGAGGGGCGUGCAGAUCUCGGGCGGGCAGAAGCAGCGCAUCGCCAUCGCCCGAGCCAUCAUUGGGGACCCGCGCCUGCUGCUGCUGGAUGAGGCCACGUCAGCACUGGAUGCGGAGAGCGAGAAGGUGGUGCAGGAGGCCCUGGAGAAGGUGAUGGUGGACCGCACCACCAUAGUCAUCGCCCAUAGGCUGUCUACUAUCAAGGACGCGGAUUGUAUUGUGGUGAUGCAGAAGGGCGUGGCGGUGGAGCAGGGGAAGCAUGAGGAGCUGAUUGCGAGGGGAGGGGUCUACUCCAGUCUUGCAGCGAUCAAGUAACCAGUACAAGCUGUUGGUACAUCUUUUAGGAUGUGAUUUUUAGCUUGCUCUGUCUCGUUGUUAGUAUUGUGAUUGUGAAAGCUUGCUUGGGUCACCUUGGCAAAGGCAGCGUGCUUCAUUUCAUAUGGGCUACAGUACAUGGUUCUCGUCCAAUAGACUACACCGUCCAAUAGGGUGGGUGGGUGGGGAAAACGAAACUGGAACUAGAAAUGAAGAACGUGGGUGAGGUCGAAUGGCCUCACGUCCCUCUUUUGUAGGCAAAAGAGGGUGAGUAGCGCUUCGACGCUGACCUUGCUGCGUUGGCCCUCGCUACACUUUCACAAUACACAUUUUUUAGAAAG